AUGACUCGUGACCACCAGUGUGGCGGUAACAUGGUCACCGUAACAACCCUAGGCAUAAGCAGCACAAGUCCCCGGCUCCAUCCUGCCUGGUGUCAACGGUACAGGCUGGUGACGGUGGCGUGUACUGAUGGGGAGUCCCUGAAGGAUGAUGAAGUAUUGGAGAAUCUACCGGUGGGAACCACGGUAACAAUGUUCUUCCACGACCUGGGACCGCAGCUGGGGUGGACCAUGGUGUUUCUGUCAGAGUGCAUCGGACCUCUCUUCAUCUACCUUUUUUUCUUCCUCCAUCUCCUCAACGUCUACGAGCAGAUCGAUGACUAUACCUCCAGUCCCUGCUCAGUGGUCACGCUGGCGUGUGUGUGUCACUGUUUCCACUACUUCAGAAGGUUGUUGGAGACCAUCUUCAUCCAUCGUUUCUCUGAUGGCACCUUGCCGCUGCAAACCAUCAUGAGGAACUGCCUGUACUACUGGGGGUUUUCUGCUUGGCUAGCCUACUACAUCAACCACCCCCUCUACACUCCACCAUCGUAUGGGAAUCUCCAAGUCUACUCUUCGUUGGUGGUGUUUAUGCUCUGUGAAGCUGGAAACUUCUCAAUUCAUUUGGCUCUCAAUAACUUGGGCUGUAAUGGACUGAGGCCCAAGCGGAUCCCUUACCCCACCAGGAACCCCUUCACGUGGCUCUUCUUCUUCGUGUCAUGUCCCAACUACACCUAUGAGGUGGGGACGUGGUUGAGUUUCUCCAUCAUGACACAGUGUGUUCCAGUGGCUCUGUUCACGUUGCUGGGCUUCAUCCAGAUGACCAUCUGGGCACGGGGAAAACAUACGAUGUACACCAGAGAGUUUACAGACUACCCUGAGCUAAGAUCGGCUAUCAUCCCUUUGUUCCUUUGA